CGCUCCUCCACAACGUCCGACGCUUGGUGCCCUCGACAAGUGGCCGCCCGAUGGCAUCGACCAGGGAUGUCGUUGCGUCUGGCAGCACGACGCUCGCGACGCAGCUGCCGCUCAGCGAGAUGCGGGCACGGGCUCUGUCAGCUUCGGGCUUCGCCGGCGCGCAGCAGAGCCAUAUGUCUCGAGGAGAGGCGAGCUCCUCAAAUGCGAGCACCGAGAAUCCGCCGUCAAGAUCCGGUCCCGCCUCGCCCGACUGGACGUCAGGCCGCACAGAGGCGUGGCUUGUCCUCCUGGACCUGCCUGAUCAUCUCGCGCAACUGCAGAACCGAAGCUCAGCGUUCUCGCCGGCUCAUCUCGCUCCUGGCCAUGCCGCUGCCGGCCAUGAGGAGGCGGAUGUGGAGGAGCUCGACGCCACGUCUGACGAUGCCGAGUGGGAGGUCGCUACUACCAAGCGCGCCCGCCGUCGACAGCACAAGUCAGCAGCAUCUGAGUCUGCCGUGCGCUCCCGCGCGUCCAGUGUGGCCUACCACACUGAGAGCGAAGCCUCCGCCAGCCGCGCCGGCUCGCGGCCGGCAGGCUCAAAGAAGAGGACACCGAAGAAACGCGCCAAGCCGCAGCCACUUUCUGUUGCGCACCGAGACGAGAGCCAGGUCCAGCUCGAUGUCGACCGCAGCUUCGCAGGGCGAGCAUGGGAGUCCUCGGUGUCCGCAGCAGAUCGUGCGCAGCGAAGAGCGCAGCUGACCGACGUCAUUCGCCGAGUGCUGCGCACGACGCCAGCACUCUGCUACUACCAGGGAUACCACGACGUGAUCUCGCUGCUGCUCCUCACCCUCAGUCCAGACCUGUCCAGCCAGCGCUUUACGGUCGCGGGCCUCGAUGGCACGCCCGCCGUCUGGCAGAGCGCGGAGGAGAGGGAUCUCGUCGUACUGGCGAGCUCCCGCCUGAGUCUGCAUUGGCUGCGAGACUACAUGACACGCGGGCUGGACCCCGCGCUCGGCGGGCUGAAGCUCACGCGCAACCUGCUGCGCAAAGUGGAUGCAGAGCUUGCUGCGGUGGUGGAAGCCGCGUCGCCGCUGCCGUAUUUCGCACUCUCUUGGCAGAUCACCGGCUUUGCCCACGAUAUUGCGCCAGAGCUGGCCGCGCAAGUGCUCGACUACCUGCUUGUGGACGGACAGAGCGGCGUGCUCUAUCUCACUGUCGCGAUGCUGCUGUCGAAGCGCGCCGAGAUCCUGGCCCAAGACGGAGAAGACGGCGCCGAGCUGCACCACAUGCUCUCGCGCCUGCCGAGCAGCAUCGACAGCAACUCGCUGCCGGCACUUCUGCAGCAGGCAGCCGCGAUUGCCGCUGAACACGGGCCGCUGGAGCCGGUUGCGGGCUUGGGCGCAUCGACAGGCGUCAUGGGUCCCCAGUCGGUGCUGCGCACCUUUGCUCGCCUCCACCGGCCCGCAAGCGCUAGCUCGUGGAGGACACGAGACGAGCGAGCGCGCACCGCCUUGAAUGGCGAUGUGCGCGCCAUCGUCCGGGACUUUGCCGUCUCUCCGCCGCCGUCUCCGCCGCCGGAGCCAGAGCUGCAGAAGCGGCGGCGCCGCAAGACAGACGCGGACGGGCAAGGCAGGCCGGCUCACGACAAGGCUGAGCCCGCCAGGGGCUUGCUGCUCGCCGGUGCGCUGGGCGCCACUGCGAUUGUGCUGUGGCUCGCUGCGUCGAGCCCGGCUGCCACGCAGUACAUGCCUGCCGAGACGGUACAGCUCAUCAAGAGCUUCGCGGCGAAGAUUGCGUAAUGAGACGAAGUGCAGGCUGACUGAAGUGUGGA